AUGGAUACAAUUGAAUUAGUAAAUUCAACAUUACCAUCACAUUUGAAAAUGACACCGGAAGGAAUCCUAAUGAGAACGGCAUCUUCUUAUUUGGUGACAUGCGCGUUGUAUAGUGUGAUUAAAUUAGAGAUCUACAAGGAAUUUGAUGAAGGACCGAGAUCUAUUUUCGAGAUUGCUCAAGAGAGAAAAAUAAAUCCGGAUUUCCUUCAGAGAACGAUGAGAGCGCUCGCUUCACAAGGUAUUUUCAAGAUGGUGUCGAAAGAUGGCAACGACGGAAUGUAUGACCACACCGAGGCGUCGCGUCUUCUCGAAGAUCCAAAUGGAAUAAUCGGACUUGUCGAAUUCAUGACCUGUCCAAUGGUGUUCUCAGGAUUCAAGAACCUCUCCGAUACCAUCACGAUGGGUGCGCCUCAGGGACCGUCGCCAGUCGGUUCCUACUCGAUGCUGAAUCUCGUUCCCAAGGUGCGCGAGAUCAUGGCGAUGUACAACAAAUCGGUGGCGAUCGGCCGUAAGAUGUCUACCAACGUGUUUGUAGACGACUUUGAUUUGUCACGCUAUGAAAUCAAGACAUUCGUGGAGUUGGGCGGUGACGGUGGACAUCUCACAAAGCGACUACUCGAGAAAUAUCCAUCGAUUGAAUAUGGAGUCAAUGUUGACAACGCUUCGAAUCUGACAAAAGCGACUACCGCCAGAUACAGAGAGGAAUCUGGUGAUUGGACGAAAUCUUUUAAGACCACCGAACAAUGUUAUUUCUCUUGUUUCCAGAUGCACGAACUUGAUGAUUCUGUCAUUAUGAAACUACUCACCAACAUUGCCAGCAAAUUGAAAUCCACCAGAAAUAAGUUCUUCUUGGUCGAACCUUACAUAUCUGAAAGCAACGAAAUGAGUUUUGGAGCGGUACUCGAUCUCAACAUGAUGCACUGUAUCAGAAACGGCAAGCUUAGAACCGAUAGCGAGUGGAAGCAACUCAUUGAGAAAGCAAAUUUAAAGAUUGAAUCAAGAUCAUAUCAUCCAAAUCAAGUAGGAGUUAUCGUUAUAUCAAAAUAA